AUGUUGCUGGAGCUUGCAAUCAAAGCAGAGUUUUGUCUUUCUGUAGGCUGUCUCUCUGUGCCUCUGUUUAAUCAAAGGAAGAGAAGCAGGCUGCCUUUGACAUCUAAUCCCUCUGAGAAUCAGAGUGGUCUGUGGAACCAGCGAACCUGUCUUUCUUCACAGCAAGCCAAUAUGAGACCUGCUGCUUCAGAAGGACGAGGAUACGCACCUUUACCUCACCCAAAAAAGCCUGCCUAUUCCUGGUCACAAACAGGUCAGCAAAGGCCUCCAAUGAGACAUGAUUCCAUGCCAACAGUUGGAUCUCAUGUUCAUGGUGGCUUUCCAAGCAGCAGCUCAACCUCACUGGGCAAGCCCAGAUGGUCUAGCGGCUUCCAGAACCAAAUUCAACAGUCAUUUAUCAAGCCAACAAAUUCCCCCAGAAUGCCUUACCAUCCUCAGCAGUGUUCCCCUGCAGCAGUAUGCACUGGUGGCCCUUACCUUCCUCAGCAGUGUUCCCCUGCAGCAGUAAGCACUGGUGGCCCUUACCUUCCUCAGCAGUGUUCCCUUGCAACAGUAAGCACUGGUGGCCCUUACCGUCCUCAGCAGUGUUCCCCUGCAGCAGUAAGCACUGGUGGCCCUUACCGUCCUCAGCAGUGUUCCCCUGCAGCAGUAAGCACUGGUGGCCCUUACCAUCCUCAGCAGUGUUCCCCUGCAGCAGUAAGCACUGGUGGCCCUUACCGUCCUCAGCAGUGUUCCCCUGCAGCAGUAAGCACUGUUGGCCCUGGAGCUCAGAGUCAGAGCACAAAGUGGAACUUCAGAUGUGCCGGACAAUCAGGCAGUGGAAUGCGGGCAAAAGAAAACACCUCAAGUGAGCGGAUCCCCACUCAGCAACAGCCACAACGUGAGACAUCCAUGCGUAUCCUUACUGCUGUUAUUGAAGGCAUGAAGCACUGGAGCAAGUACAAGAACAAAGUACCAAUAAUAUUUGAGAUCUUUGCCACACUUGACUCUGCAGUUACAGUGGGAGAGCACGGAGCAAAGACAUUUUCCAUGAGAGAUGGUAAACAUGUGAUCCAGUGUCUCUACUAUGAAAAUGUGCAGGCACUGCCCAGACUGAUAAGGGGUCAGGUGCAUCGCUGCGUUGGGAACUACGAUAGGGAUAAGGACACAAUGACAUGUGUGUCAGUCCGAGCGGCCUCACUGUCAGAGCAAAGGAAUGCCCAGGAGGCUGUGAAAGCAUCAGACGUGGAGAUGAGGAAUGCCGUACUGAUGUUCACUGAAAUCUGAUAUAGAUCUGGAUAGAACGAGGAGCAGGAAAAAGAUUAAACUAGUGAUGCUAAACUUUGAUGUAGCAUUAUACUGAAGUUCGUUUGGUUUUGUCUUGGUUGUGAAUGAGUUCAGAGAUGACAUGUAAAGCUGGAGAUUUUGAUUUCAUAGCUGA